AUGGAAAUUGACUUUGCAGAGUAUCAAUUGAGUUCCCAACUCCGAGGCCACGAAGACGAUGCUCGUGGAAUAUGCAUAUGUGACGACGCCGGUAUAGCUACUUCAUCAAGAGACAGGACCAUUAGAUUCUGGACUUUAGAUGAAUCCAACAAGCGUGAUUACAACUUGUCAAAAAUAUUGCUGGGGCACACUAGUUUUGUUGGGCCGUUGGCUUGGGUCCCACCCAAUGAGGAGUUUCCUGAAGGUGGGAUUGUUUCUGGAGGGAUGGACACUCUUGUUCUUGUAUGGAAUUUGGUUACUGGAGAAAAGGUUCAGACGCUGAAAGGUCAUAAAUUGCAAGUAACAGGCAUUGCAUUGGAUGGGUCAGAUAUCGUAUCGACAUCUGUUGAUUGUACGCUAAGACGCUGGAGGAAAGGCCAACAGGUCGAGGAAUGGGAAGCUCAUAAAGCAGCAAUUCAAGCAAUUAUUAGGUUGCCUUCUGGAGAGCUUGUUACAGGUUCAAGUGACAUGACUUUAAAGCUUUGGAAAGGAAAGUCAUGCAUCCAGACUUUCCUUGGACAUACAGAUACUGUUCGAGGAUUGGCUGUGAUGCCUGGUUUAGGAAUCCUUUCUGCAUCACAUGAUGGUUCUAUUAGGCUAUGGACACUUAGUGGAGAACAUCUAAUGGAGAUGGUUGGUCACACUUCAAUUGUCUAUGCGGUAGAUGCUCAUGCCUCUGGGCUUAUAAUUAGUGGUAGCGAGGAUUGUUUUGCGAAGAUAUGGAAAGAUGGAGUUUGUGUUCAAAGCAUAGAGCACCCUGGUUGUGUAUGGGAUGCCAAAUUUUUGGAAAAUGGUGACAUUGUGACAGCUUGCUCUGAUGGCAUUGUACGUAUUUGGACCACAUGUCAUGAUAAGGUUGCUGAUGCAGUUGAACUUGAUUCAUUUGCCAGUCAACUUUCUCAGUACAAGUGCAGUCGGAAGAGAGUUGGAGGGCUGAAGUUGGAAGAUUUGCCUGGUCUAGAGGCACUACAAACUGCUGGAACUAGUGAUGGGCAGACAAAGGUAGUUCGAGAAGGAGACAAUGGUGUGGCCUACUCGUGGAAUAUGAGUGAACAGAAGUGGGAUAAGAUUGGAGAAGUUGUUGAUGGUCCUGAUGAUAAUAUGAAGCAUCCUGUGCUCGAUGGAGUUCAAUACGAUUAUGUAUUCGAUGUUGAUAUCGGAGAUGGUCAGCCCAUACGCAAAUUGCCAUACAAUCGUUCUGAUAACCUAUAUGACGUGGCUGACAAGUGGCUACUCAAGGAAGACCUGCCACUUUCUUUUCGUGAACAAAUUGUGGAGUUUAUUCUGCAAAAUACAGGACAGAAAAAUUUCACCCCAGAUCCAUCAUUUCGAGACCCUUACACAGGCUCGAGUGCUUAUAUACCUGGAGCGCCUUCCAAAUCGUCAGCGGUAUCCAAGCCUACUUACAAGCACAUUCCUAAAAAAGGAAUGCUGGUAUUCGACGUGGCUCAGUUUGAUGGGAUCCUCAAAAAAGUUUCGGAGUUCAACAAUGCACUACUUUCUGACCCGGAGAAACAAAAUUUAUCACUGACCGAGGGUGAUCUGUCGAAACUGGGCACCAUCAUUAAAAUUUUAAAGGAUACAUCACACUAUCAUAGCAGUAGAUUUUCAGACCUAGAUGUUGCGUUAAUGGUAAAGUUGUUGAAAACAUGGCCACUUACGAUGAUAUUUCCAGUUGUCGAUGUAAUGAGGAUGAUUGUAUUGCACCCAGAUGGGGCAAUUAAGCUGCACCAGCACGUCAAGGAUGAAAAUGAUGCUAUUAUGGAGUUGAUCAAGAAGGUCACCGCAAGUCCUCCACUUCCCCCAAAUCUUCUGACCAGCCUCCGUGCUGUGACUAAUCUUUUCAAAAGCUCGUUCUUUCAUGAAUGGUUACAACUCCAUCGCAUGGAGAUUCUCGACGCCUUCUCGAGUUUUUACUCAUCUUCAAAUAAAAAUGUGCAGUUGUCCUAUGCAACAUUAAUACUUAAUUAUGCUGUUCUUUUGAUUGAGAAAAAGGAUGAAGAAGGUCAAUCCCAAGUUCUAUCGGCAGCCUUAGAGAUUGCUGAAGAGGAAAGUGUUGAAACUGACUCAAGAUUCCGGGCUCUGGUGGCCAUUGGAUCACUGAUGCUUGAAGGUCUUGUGAGAAGAGUAGCAUUGGACUUUGAUGUUGAGAACAUCGCUAAAGCAGCAAAAUCAUCUAAAGAUGCCAAGAUUGCUGAAGUUGGAGCUGAUAUUGAACUUGUGGCAAAGCAGAGUUGA